GUGUAUAAAAACUCCGACACGGGCCUUUCUUCCUUCUCUUUCUGUUACCUGGCUAGGGGCAGCAGUUGCGGCCGAGUGAUCUCGUAACACCGAAACAAAAACUGUAACUAUGGGAAAGGAAAAGACCCACAUCAACAUCGUGGUCAUCGGCCAUGUCGACUCCGGCAAAUCCACCACCACCGGUCACCUGAUCUACAAGUGCGGUGGCAUCGACAAGAGAACCAUCGAGAAGUUCGAGAAGGAAGCUGCUGAGAUGGGCAAGGGCUCCUUCAAGUACGCUUGGGUGCUGGACAAGCUGAAGGCAGAGCGUGAGCGUGGUAUCACCAUCGACAUCUCCCUGUGGAAGUUUGAGACCAGCAAGUACUACGUCACCAUCAUCGAUGCUCCCGGACACAGAGACUUCAUCAAGAACAUGAUCACUGGCACCUCACAGGCUGACUGUGCUGUGCUGAUUGUUGCUGGUGGUGUGGGUGAGUUCGAGGCUGGCAUCUCCAAGAACGGACAGACCCGUGAGCACGCCCUCCUGGCUUUCACCCUGGGAGUGAAGCAGCUCAUUGUGGGAGUCAACAAGAUGGACUCCACCGAGCCCCCCUACAGCCAGAAACGUUUUGAGGAAAUCACCAAGGAAGUCAGUACCUACAUCAAGAAGAUCGGCUACAACCCAACCACCGUCGCCUUUGUGCCCAUCUCCGGUUGGCAUGGAGACAACAUGCUGGAGCCCAGCAGCAACAUGCCCUGGUUCAAGGGGUGGAAGGUUGAGAGGAAGGAGGGUAAUGCCAGUGGCACCACCCUGCUGGAAGCCCUGGACUCCAUCCUGCCCCCUAGCCGCCCAACUGACAAGCCCCUGCGUCUGCCCCUGCAGGAUGUCUACAAGAUUGGAGGUAUUGGAACUGUACCCGUUGGCCGUGUCGAGACUGGUACACUGAAGGCUGGUAUGGUGGUGACCUUUGCCCCUGCCAGCGUGACCACUGAGGUCAAGUCAGUGGAAAUGCACCACGAGACCCUGUCUGAGGCUCUGCCUGGCGACAACGUGGGCUUCAACGUCAAGAACGUCUCUGUCAAGGAAAUCCGUCGUGGCAACGUGGCUGGAGACAGCAAGAACGAUCCCCCCAUGGAGGCUGGCAGCUUCACUGCUCAGGUCAUCAUCCUGAACCAUCCUGGUCAGAUCAAUGCUGGCUAUGCCCCUGUGCUGGACUGCCACACCGCCCACAUUGCCUGCAAGUUCAGUGAGCUGAAGGAGAAGAUCGACCGCCGUUCUGGCAAGAAGCUGGAAGACAACCCCAAGACCCUGAAGUCUGGAGAUGCCGCCAUUGUUGACAUGAUCCCUGGAAAGCCCAUGUGUGUGGAGAGCUUCUCUGAGUACCCCCCUCUUGGUCGCUUCGCUGUCCGUGACAUGAGGCAGACGGUUGCUGUCGGUGUGAUCAAGGCUGUCGACAAGAAGGCUGCCACCAGCGGCAAGGUGACCAAGUCUGCACAGAAGGCUGCCAAGGGGAAGUGAACUCCUCUCCCCCAGGCUGUCCUUCAGGGCCUGGGGUCUGCAGCACCAUUUUCCACCUUAUUUCAGAACCUGAGUUCUCUCCUAAAGGACUGGCUAAUGCUGAUCAAAACCCAUCGCAAAAGUUUUCGCAGGAAAAGAAAAUCACUAUGGAUGCAUUCUUGUGGCUUCAUAAUCGAGUGACAGUGCCUCUUUCAGUUUAAAUUUGAGUUGAUGGUUGGAAAGCUGCACCUGUUUGAGAUGUCACUUAUUGAAUUGGAAGGAAGCUGCUGUAAACUAAUAAAGGUCUUUGAAUUUCUUGAUCACUCAA